AUGGCUACAAAACGUAUCGACAGAGACACCGUGGGCGAUCCCUCCUCCGCCGUUAAACGCCGUAAAGACCUCGACGAAGAAGAAGACGGUGGAGCAAUCAAGCUCCUUAGCCUACUCCUACAAUGCGCCGAACACGUCGCUACCGAUCAUCUCCGUGAAGCUUCGACACUCUUGUCGGAAAUCUCCGAGUCAUGUUCUCCGUUCGGUUCCUCGGCGGAGCGAGUCGUCGCCUACUUCACUCAAGCCUUACAGACCCGCGUGAUCAGCUCCUACCUCUCCGCCGCGUGUUCCGAGACUCCACUCCUCACCGUUUUCCAGUCUCAGAAGAUCUUCGCCGCCUUGCAGACCUUCAACUCCGUAACCCCUCUGAUCAAAUUCUCUCAUUUCACGGCGAAUCAAGCGAUCUUCCAAGCACUCGACGGCGAGGAUUCCGUCCACAUAAUCGAUCUCGACGUGAUGCAAGGUCUUCAAUGGCCUGGGCUCUUCAACAUCCUCGCUUCUCGUCCUCGAAAACUCCGAUCGAUUCGAAUCACCGGAUUCGGUUCCUCCUCCGAUCUACUCGCUUCGACCGGACGGAGACUCGCCGAUUUCGCGGCUUCCUUAUCCCUCCCUUUCGAAUUUCACCCAAUCGAAGGUAAAAUCGGAAACCUAAUCGAUCCGAGUCAACUCGGUACGAGACGCGGAGAGGCGGUGGUGGUUCACUGGAUGCAUCACCAGUUAUACGACGUGACCGGAAACGAUGUCGAGACUUUAGAGAUUAUACGGAGGAUUAAACCGAAUCUGAUAACGAUGGUGGAACAGGAAUUGAGCAACGACGAUGGAGGAGGAGGAGGAAGUGGGUUUUUAGGGAGAUUCGUGGAGGCGUUGCAUUAUUACAGUGCGUUGUUCGAUGCGAUCGGAGAUGGAUUAGGGGAAGAGAGCGGAGAGAGAUUCACGGUGGAGCAGAUUGUGCUUGCGACGGAGAUAAGGAACAUUGUGGUCGGAGGAAAGAGGAAGAAGAAAAUGGUGACGUGGAGAGAGGAGCUGAGUCGGGUCGGGUUUAGAUCCGUUUCGUUAAGGGGCAACCCGGAGACGCAAGCGGGUUUGUUGUUGGGUAUGUUACCGUGGAAUGGGUACACGUUGGUCCAAGAUAAUGGAACCCUCCGUCUCGGUUGGAAGGAUCUUUCGCUUUUGACUGCUUCUGCCUGGCAAUCUCACCCGUCAGAUUGA